AGAACUCGAUUGACUGACAUUUAGCCGGAAUAAUGUUGACUCCAAUAUUGUAAAACCCCUUUUCGAACUCUUCUAAAUUCCAUCUGUGAACGUUAACUACUACAUGGCGUGCAGAGAGCCGCAAGAAACCACCGCCGUUGUCGUUAAUCAGCUUAUUAGCGAUCUGGUCCUGGAGGCAGUCAAUGAACCUGCCCCCCAUAAAUUGCCCCCACCGUGCGGGUCCUCCACCUGCCAACGUCUCUUCGACAUUUUGGGCUUUCAGCCAUACGGCGACGAGGACGAUGCUGAUGUCGCAGUCGAUGUCCGUGUCUAUGUCGAGGACGAUAAGAGCAGCCUCGAUGCGGUCAUCGCUCCCAGUUCCCGUACGCUGAUGAACAGCAGCCUGCCACUGAACGAUGACCGCAUUGCCAAUUGGCAUAGUUGGGUGACCGAGGCCCUGGCUGAAGAGCAUACCGAGGACGAUUCAACGAUCUACAUGAAGGAUGACGCCCGAAAGUCAUGUACGCGGGCCGUGCAAACGGAACAGCCGCGCAGUCGUGCCAGAUCCGAUAUCGGCUGCAACAGCAUCCCAGGAGAUCGUGUCUUCCUGCCCACGCCCUGUGAGCAGACGCGCCAAACGAUCUACAUCGACACCGUGUCGCCGCCCGUGCCGAACGUGUUGGCGCGACCCCCCCUGGCCGAUCGCUUCUGCUACAUGCUGACCGAUUUCGCCUCGGCGCUCUACUGCAGUCUCGCCAUCAUGUGUUGUUGCACCCCCACUAUGUUGCGAUAAGUACCCCC